GACUGGCCAAGACCUCUGCUGCUCCCAAGUUGCAUCGACACAUUACUGCCGCGAGGGGCACCAAUUGUUUCGGGUUGGAAUUGCAUCUGUGAUCGUUGUGAAAAAUUCUCCGGUUGCUCUUCUCGUAGACAAUUGAUUGAACGGGGGCCAGCGGGACCAAUCAGAUUACAACAGUGGCCAGGGCCCCUGUGGCCCCGCCUCUUUUACUAAACAGUGAAAUGAACAGUAUGAGUUUUGUGUUGUGUGGAAGUGGACUCUUGACCCUGAUAAUCAUUGUUGAUUUUACAACUCUUUUUUUGUUUACACCACACUGCCAGAUCAAGCAUCAGGCAAAGUUACCAGAGAUGGCUUCAUGUGUUCCUGAGAAUCCUGUGGAACAGGAGCAAAGUUGCUGCAUUUGUCUCCAUCACUUUUCUAAUCCUGUGACACUUUGUUGUGGACAUUCGUUCUGCCUGAUGUGUCUGGAGAAGAGCAAGAGCUUUAAGGAAAGUUUAUCUGCCAAUCAUUGUCCAACUUGCAGAGCAGAGUACCAGAAUUCUGAAUUUGCACUUAAACUGGAAAAUACUACUGGAAAUUACUGGAAAGAAAUAGUUCAUGAUACGGUUGAAGUUGCACCUCCGAUAGAUGUGGACAGAAAAGAUGAGCCGUCUUGUUCUGCACAGGGACAAAUCGGAUGUGAAGCGAUGUGUUUCACUGGUAAAGAUGUUGCUGAUUAUGCAGACUGUAUAGAAUUAGAAAUAUCCGAUGAGCUAAGCAAAUACAGAUCUCGAUUAACUCCUGUCAUGAUGGAUAUCCAAGCCAAGAUUGAGCUUGUGGAUGAUCUGCUGUGCAAGACAAAGGAAAAAGAAGCAGGAGUCAAGACAGCAAACACGGACAUGAAAGCAGAAGUGAAAACCAUUCUGGAGGAGAUGGUGGAGCUUUUAAGGAGUUACAGCACAGCAGGGAUGGAGUUUCUAGAGGUCCAGUUAAAGCCAAAAGAGGAGAUGUUGGAGACCAGUGUUCAAACACUCUCAGACAUCCAUAGGCAGCUUAAGGAAACACAGCUCCAGGUUAACGCCUUGAUGGAAGAGCAAGAUGAGGCUAGAAUUUGUAAAGAGAUACCAGAGGUUGAGAAACAAGCUGCAAGACUGAUUGUAGAUCCUCAGAAAAUUGGAGCAAAUUCUGAGAAUGAGGCAAACAUCAACAUGACCCACAUGUGUGAGGAAAUGGACCACCGCAAUUCUGACCUUCGUCUCAAACUUGGAGCUGCCCAACGCCGUUUACGAAAUAUUCUCAACCCCUCUGAGGUGACAUUUGACUAUGAAACUUUGCAUCCUUGCCUGGUACUGUCUGAGGAUUGUAAAACUGUGUCCUUUAGUGUUGUCAAACAACCAUAUUCGACUGGGCCACAGAGGUUCACCAACUACUUUCAGGCUCUGAGUUCACAAAGCUUCUCCAAAGGAGAACACUGCUGGAUUCUGCAAGCCGAAGGUUGCCCAUGGGUUCUGGGGCUGUGCUAUGGGGGGCUGCCCCGCUCUGGUCCUGAAAGUGGUCUAGAAAGCAGAAGUGCAGCUUGGUGUCUAAUGUGGUACGAUAAUCUCCUUAGGGCAUAUGAAGGAGGAAGAGAAACCCCGCUCAAGCGUACCCCUUUUUUUCAGAAGUUGGAGAUCCGCCUUAGCUUCAACAAAAAUUGUGUGACGUUUUCUAGCAUAAGCAAUGUUACUGGAGCCAAAACUCAUCUUCAUACCUUUAAUGUGAGCUUCACUGAGCCUGUCUAUUUGGCUGUGAGAAUGAUGUCUGGUCAGCCAAAAGCUCAAAUAACACUUUGCGUGUAAUGUUAAAUCCGCCUCAUACGUUCAGCAUCUGCAGGUCUAUUUCACGUUCUCCUUGUCUGCAUAGGGUUCCUACAAAUUCAUCAGUUAUCAUUGUUAUUAUUCUUAUUAUUAUGUAACCUUACGUUACCUGAUUUGUAAUUGUUUGUAAUUUCACACACUUCUCACUGCAUCAUUACACUACACAGUUUUUCCUUUAGUAUUUAGAAUCUGGAUUUUUGUUGAGUAGGAAAAGCACAAUUCCUUAAAUCAACUGCUAGAUAAUUACUGAAUCACCUGAAUCAUUUGAUCAUCACUUGAUUGCAUCAGUUAGCAUUUGGUUGAACAUCUACAUGUUUCUAUUUAUAUCUGCUAUAAAUGCUGCUUAGAAGGAAUUAACUUGACAUGACAAACAUGAGCCUUCUGUCACAACACCAUCUGCCAUCCCUCGCCGGCCGCCAGAGGGAGCCCUUUCCAGAGUUUUAAUGACUAUGAAUUUAAUAUGCACAAGGGCUAUGCAAGGAUUCACAACAUGAAUAUUUGACAUGAAAAUGACCAAAGAUGAGUCAUUAGAUUUCAAGGAAGGAUUUUCUACUCCACAACCCCACAACUUAAAGAAAAGGGAUGUGUUCAGGGAUUUCCUGGUAUGCCACCAUAUAAUCAGUCUGAUUCUGCUAGAGGACCCUGAUGGAUGAGCUGAAGAAAGUAUUGUAUCCAACUGUAUACAUCUAAAACCUUUAUCUGUCACAUGUGAAGUUGAUAUGGAAGAAGAUAGAGGAAGCUGUGUUCCUUUCCAGAAUCCUGGAUCUUCUACUAAGUGUGGAGUAAAACGCUUAGGGAUCGAGCUGCUUUUAAAGAGGAAGAAUUCAUGUUGGGGUGCUGUGAUGUGGCCUGAAACAAAGUGUUAAAACUCUGAUGUGGACUAAUUUUCAAUAAUUACAUAUCUCCAAAGUGUGUGUUUUAUUCCUUUUUUAGAAGAAAUGGUGAAGUAGUUUAUUAGAAGAUAGGUAGGUUAUUUUGUCUACCAUGUAUCUCCCAGUGUAGCUUUAGUUAACCUCUUUAAAGUCAUCUUGCAUUUCAAAUUCAGUUUUGUCAAAAUCCUGGCUGAUGCAUAGUUAUCGAUUAGAUUAUGAUUUAGCAUUGUGCAUGUGCGUCAGAUUUUACAUUUCUGUAUGUUACUAGGAGAUUCAAGUUGUUGAAUUAGAAAUGGCUUUUUCAGCCAAAGUCCUUCAUUUGCAUUCAUCUUCAGUUACUGGUGGUUUCCUGAGCUUAUCAUAUUCUCAGGGGUGAUUUUUUUUAUUUUAUUCACUUUUUGUUUUUAUAUAUAUAUUUUUAAAUGUAUUUCAAUUUCAUAAUGCUCUAUUGGUUUCAUUACUUUUACUGCAAAUAAAAAAUAAGCUGAACAGAAAAGAGACUUUUUGAACAGUUUAUAAUUAGACUGCACAAAGUGCUUAUCUGUUCUAGUUUCUCCUUUAAAGGCAUUUUGUGGAUAGAAAAUAAUACACAUAUUUUGCAAUUAUUACACCUGUAAGUGUAAAAUUCCAUAUUACAGAGAUGUAAACAAGACAAGCUGAAAAAACAGCCUUACUGAAGUAGACAUUUCACACUGUAAUCAUUAGACAUGAUUGUCACCGAUAGGCUGCAUGAAUCUUCAGUUUGGUAAUAAAUUUCAGUUCAAAUAAA